AUGAAUUUAGUGAACAAGUGUAAGAAGGUAUGGGGAAGCAACAAUAAAUUGUUUGAUUCAAAAGAAAGUCCUGGCAGUUGCAGCUAUGACAAAUUAUCAGAAAAGUGUCACAAAGAUAUUACUAAGAAACCACCAAACGGUUGUGUUUGCGUCUAUGUUGGAUCUGAGAGACAAAGAUUCAUAAUCAAGAUCAAAAUAUUGAAUCAUCCUUUGUUCAAGUCACUUUUGGAAGAUGUUGAGAAUGAAUAUGGAUAUAGAAACGAUGGUCCUUUAUGGCUUCCUUGUGAGGUUGACUUGUUCAAUGAAGCAGUUGUGGAGAUAGAGAGUGCUGUUGGUUGCAUCUUUCGAGUUUCACGUUCUUCAUUGUCCUGUCGUUCUAACCUCAGUUGUGCUGCCAAUUACCAGAUUUUGGUAUAA